GAGAGACUUAGCCCAGCCAAGAUGCUAAUGCUGACUGAGAUCCUGGUUUCUCUCUUUCUCUGGAGCAUCCCCCGGACCAGAGCGGGAUCACCCGACGGCCACAAGAUCAGCAAGGGGGUGGAAUGGCUGACUCGCUAUGGCUACCUUCCCCAGCCAGACCCCAUGGCCGCCCGUCUUCAGACACAUGAAGAACUGGCAGAUGCUGUCAGAACAAUGCAAAGAUUUGCAGGACUACCCAUGACGGGGAAGCUGGAUUCACAUACAUUGGAGAUGAUGAACCGGCCCCGUUGCUCCCUUCCGGACAUCAUUGGGACUUCUGAGUUGAUGCGUCGCCGGCGCAGGAGGAGACGUUAUGCUCUCAGUGACACCAUCUGGAAAAAGAAGGAUCUGACAUGGCGCAUUCGUUCUUUCCCCCUCUCCUCCAACUUGCCACACGAUCACAUCCGGAACCUUCUCUUCUAUGCCUUCCGGGCCUGGAGCAACACCUCAGCAUUGACUUUUCGGGAGGUGCACUCUGAAGAUGCUGACAUUCUGGUGGACUUCAGCCGCUCCUACCAUGACGAUGGGUACCCCUUUGAUGGACCUGGAGGCACCUUGGCCCAUGCCUUUUUCCCUGGUGAACACCCUAUUUCUGGUGAUACCCAUUUUGAUGAUGAAGAGACAUGGAUCUAUGACCCAGAGAACAUAGCACCAGGUAGGGGCACAGAUCUCUUUGCUGUAGCAGUGCAUGAGUUUGGUCACGCUCUGGGGCUGGCUCACUCUUCGGCCAAGGAGUCCAUCAUGAUCCCUUAUUAUCAGGGCCCUGUUGGACUGCCCCACAAGUAUCAGCUCCCUCUAGACGACGUCAUGGGGAUUGAACAAAUGUAUGGCAAGCGCCACCCUGGUUCCCAUCCAGAUGACAGCCCAGCAUUACCGGUUCCUACAGUGCCCCCCAUCCCUGACCUACCGCCAUACCAGCCAACACAACACACACACCCGCGAUCACCUGACCGUUGCAAGGCUCAUUUUGACGCCAUCGCCAACAUCCGUGGGGAAAUGUUCUUCUUCAAGCAAAAACACUUCUGGAGGAUGCAGCCAAGCCGCAACCUGGUUUCUCUGGAGCCGGCGCAGACGCUGAGGUUCUGGAACGGUCUCCCACAGGAUUUCAAGGCCAUUGACGCAGUGUACGAACGCAUCAAUGACAGCCAGAUUGUAUUCUUUAUUGGAUCAUACUACUGGGCCUUCCAUGAGACUCGGGUCAAUCCAGGCUACCCCCGUCCUGUAUCGGAUCUUGGUCUUCCUGCUAACACCAUUGUGGGGGCUGCGUUUGUCUGGCCUCACAAUGGCAAGACGUACCUCUUAGAAGGGAACCGGUACUGGCGCUAUGAUGAUCAGAUGGGACAUGUGGAACCAGGGUACCCCAAGUCCGUCAAUCUUUGGGAAGGGGUACCCACAGAUCUGGAUGAUGUCACUCGCUGGAAUGAUGGCAACACGUAUUUCUUCAAGGGCACCCAAUACUGGGGGUUUUCCGGAGGCAACGUGCAGUCCGACACCGGCUACCCCCGCUCCACCUCCCGAGACUGGAUGUAUUGCCAGGGGCCCCCUACUUCCGCUCCACCAGCACCCAGGCACGGAGUGGGGGGAGACAAGGGGAUGUGCAUCUGCCAAGGGUCUGCCGUGAAGCUGGCCCCCCUCUCGGCUUGGAUCCUGGCUUUGAUCUGGGUUCUAUGCUGACCCUUCACCAGCCACCCAAACAGUGCACUUUACUUAUUCGAGGAGGAGAUCCAAUGGUGCAAGGGGGGGUUAUUCCCGUGGGAACAUCCCCACCCCCCUUUCAUGGUGCUCUCAUGAAUCUCACCUGUGACCUACUUCGACCCUUUGGGCAUUUCCUUCCUUGGCUCCACUGCUUAGUUUCCUGUCGGGAAAGAUGGCGGGGCACCAGCCUCCCUGGCAGGCAAAAAGGGUUUGUGAUUUCUGAAGGGGGAAAGAAGGGUCCUCUGCAGAUGCUCAGAGGUGAUCCUUGUUUUUGAUUACUCCCUACAUCACAAGGCUGAGUUCCAGCUCCUGAAGCCUGCUCAGCCCAACUAGCCCAUCCUGGUUCAGCCCUCCUGCCCGCUGCUCUUCUUCCCCUCCUGGCUGUCAUGUCAAGGCAAGGUGAAGCCUAGAGGUCACCUUAGCCUGUCAGCAUCAUUGACUGAAAGCUUAAUAUGCAUCCCUCCCCCUUUUCCUUAUAAACAGAUAAAGAUUUCAGGGAGGGGUCCAGUUAUCCUGCCCCAAAAAGACGCUGCCUAGGAAGGCACUUGCUUUCCCCCCUGCCCAGAUACUUGGGUUGUAUACCUGAGAAAAAAAAUACACUAUACCAUUUCAGGAUUCAGGUUUGUGUUUUUCCAGGAUUCUAGAAUCACUCAGGUUCCAUUUCUUAGGGGGGAUGUGGUGGGAGAGGCAGUGCCCAGUUUUUCAACCAGAUGACAGCAAAAUUGCAGGGGUGCUAGUACUACUAAGUUUUAAGAGAAUUGGACCAAGGGGUCUGAUCCUACAUCCCCUUUGAACAAGGUGCCCCCGGCCAGCCUACUAGCAGGGGUGCUGACUGGGAGAAAAAGGUGGCCCCGGAAGAGGGCCCCGCCUCCACAAAGGAGAGAGGGAAGGAGAAGGAGCCAGCCAGACUCACAGCUCUGUUGGGCCAGACAAGACCAUGAGCAGUGAUCAGCCUCCAUUUCUGGGCCAACUGGGGGAGCUUGCCAUGAGCUGCCUUCCUGUUGCCCAGGAAACCUGUUGAAAGGGAAAUAACAGGCCUGGCAGCCUUAAAAUGAAUGCCCCAGGAAUGUAUGGGACCCAGGUACUGAUAUGCCUGAGAAUCCCAAAAGGCAUUCCUAAUACCCAAGUAUACUUGAAAAUAAAAAUAAGGUAUUUCCUAGGUGUAUAUUCAGAUAGAAUAUAUCAGAGUGUACUGUGAAUUCAUUUGGGGGGCAGCCAGGUUUCUAUAUGAAAUACAAGUCAGUGCCUGGAGAAUCUUGGCUGGGGCUUCAACUCCCUUUCAGAGCCGCAAUUCCAAGAGCAGACAGGAAGUUUGAUGGGCCAGUUAAUUCAGGUGAUUCAUCACCAGGGGCAGGAAGUGCAUUGAUCUCAGAUGUUUUUAUAAUAAAAGCCAAAUGGAAACUGUC